UCUGAAGGAGAUUAAAUCCGAUUUUCUACAACGGUGGGCAACCCAGUGAUGCGUUCACCAUGAGAGACAGGCUGGGAACAGAGGGAGGAACAAUGCACGGGCUACGAGGGCACAAGGAGAGAGAGAAAGAUUGGAAAUCGUUGGGUCGAGCAGACUUGCUUGAGGCAGUUUAAUCCCAGAAAUCAUUUUGGAAAGCGCGAAGGUAGGAAGCCAAUCAGAGAACACCUUGCUUGGAGGCGCCGGCUCCGUUGCCCCAGCAACGAAUGACAACAAAGUUGGGCUCGGCGUGGCUAUGGAAACUGCAAAUCUACGGUUUAUUCCUCUACGACCUGGUGUGUUUGCAACAAAAUGUUCACGCUUAACAACCUCAAACUUGUUCAGGAGGACAAGCCAAGAAGGGUGAAUCCGUCCGCUUACAUCCAGGAGAUGUUACAAUCUACAGAGGAGCGACUAGCUAACACCAACGAGAUAUACCGGCCCCACAUUGUGGAGCUGCUUGAUAUGAGGCAGUCAACAAAUCACAAAUUGUCCACAGUGGAUUUGGACCAAGCACUUUUCCAGCCCUAUCCUUCUGAGCUGGUCUUCCAGAACUUCACUCCUUCACAGACCUACAAGUUACCUCUGUGUCUUUUCAACAAUGACAAGGUUUCACGGAAUGUGAAGGUGGAGCUGCAGGAUUCAGAAUAUUUUCAUGUGGUUGGUUCAGAGAACGCACACAGCAAGGUCGCACCAGGACUGUAUGCUGCUUUCACUGUUAUUUUCACCCCACUGGACAGCAAGGAUUACCACCACAGCCUGGUUUGUGUGACAGAAAGGGAGCGUUUUGUGGUCCCAGUACGUGCCAUUGGGCCACGUGCCCUUCUCGACUUCCGAGAUGAGUUCAAUUUACCUCUUUGUGUCGUAAAAGCUUCCACAGAGAGGACUCACCUAGUCCGCAACAUAGGAAACAGCAAGGCCAGGUUCAAGCUACACACUGACAAGCCUUUUUCAGUAACACCCUCCUCUGGGACUCUUGACGUAGGAGAGAGCCUGCAGGUGACAGUAGAGUUUCACCCAAUGACAAUUGGCGACCACAGCCAAGACAUGCUGCUUCACUACCACACUGGUGAAGAUGUGUACAUCAGCUUGUAUGGGGUUUGCGAGGAACUGAACAUCUAUCUUGAUCCUGACUCUGUGCUACUGAAGAACACCUACAUCUCUCUAGCCAACGUUCACACGGUGUCUAUCGCCAACACCAGUGAAAUCCCUCUUCGUUAUCAUUGGUCGGCAUGGUCCAGUCGAAAAGACUUGCAGGGCUUGAGGGAAAGCUCAGGGCUUCAGCACAAGGAAGAGAAGGAACAUUCGCAAGUGCUGUCCAGAGCCAUGCAGGAGCAAACAGGCCAGGACCACCUACUGUCCCUUUCAGAUAGCUGCAUAAUGGUGGAACCAGCGGAGGGAGAAAUAUGGCCCAAAAUUACAACACAUUUCAAGAUUGUUUUUAAACCUGAGGAGGCCAAGGUGUACCAACAAACUAUAUAUUGUGAUGUCACAGGCCGUGAAUUUCCACUACCCCUUACAAUCAAGGGUGAGGGCAUGGGACCUAAGCUCAAGCUCAAAUACAACCUUAUGGAUAUGAAAAAUGUCUUCAUCGGUGACAAAUACAGUUUUGAGGUGCCGGUGUCCAACUUAGGGUUGAUUGAUGCUUCUUUCAGGCUGUCAAGUCCUGACACCACUUUCGGUGGCUGUUUCUCCUUCAGUCCAGAGGAAGGUGUUGUUCCCUCUGGGGCCUGCCAGACUGUGGAAGUCACCUUCCACAGUCGCAUCCUGGGAACUUUUUCUGAGGACUUGCUGCUAACUGUCACAGGACAGCCUCAGCCACUUACUCUGACCUUCAGGGGACGUGUCAUUGGUCCCACAUUCCAUUUCAAUGUUUCAGAACUCAAUUUUGGAGAUGUAGCCUUUGGUUUCCCACAAACAUUAGUUUGUACACUCUUCAACACCUCAUUUGUGCCUAUGACAUUUGCCCUGCGCAUUCUGGGAGAUGGUUCAGGGCCUCCCAGCAUUACCAGUAGCAAACAGGUAUCAGAAAGGUCCAGGAACAGCUGGCGAGGCAGCGCUGCUAAUGGCCUUCACAUUAAGCCCGUGGAGUUUACUGUCAACCCUGCUGUGGGCUCUGUGCGCGCCAUGUCAGAUAUCAACAUUAUGGUAACACUGUGCUCCAACACGGUCAAGCAAUACAGACUGACACUAGUGGUGGAUGUUGACGGUGUUGGGAAGGAAAUCCUGUCUCUGCCUGUCAGAGCCAGGUGUGUUGUCCCUGAGAUUGUUGUGGAGACACCGGUGUUGGACUUUCAAAGGUGCUUCCUUGAAUACCCUUAUCAUCAGCAAGUUCGACUGAGCAACCACAGCGAUCUGCCUGUUUGCUACGGCAUGCUUGACCAGCAAUUUGAGGAGAAUCCAUCAGUGGUUUUUGGCAGUUUUUCACCCAGAGGUGUAAUUUAUCCUCACAGUACAGAGGAGCUUCCUGUAUUCCUGCUGGCUAAGGUUGUAGGAAUGCUGAAUCACACUCUAAGCAUUGCUGUGUUUGGCAGUAUGCAGUCACCGCUGGAGGUGGCCCUGUCAUGUAUUGGACAAGGUCCAGUAGUUUUAAUCCAGAGCCCACAGCUAAACUUUGGUAAAAUCCCUGUUCUGACCGACAUUACAAGGACCCUGCUCUUGUCAAACCAGUCGCCCAUUCCAGCCCACUUUACUGCUUGCAUGAUCAAUAGAAGAUCCUCUUGGCGUGUUGAGCCCAGUGAAGGGAAAGUGCCAUCACAAAGUCAAUUAGAGCUUAAGGUGGUGGCAUACCUUAAGGACACACUUUCUUUCCAGGACAGUCUAGAAGUGUGCAUCCAAAACAGUCAAACAUACAUGGUCCCUUUGUCUGCCACAGGUACUGGCACCACGAUCGUUACUGACAGCCCUCUUGGCCAGCAUCUUGACUUAGGAACGCACUUCAGUCAUGGAUUAUGCCAGUAUAACUUCAAGCUGACCAAUCAUGGCCAGCGAAUACAACGAUUGUACUGGGGGACUGAUGGUUUCCUGCCUUUAUCAAAAACUCAAAAAGGCAAAGACCUUUCAAGAGGAAUAACACUGCCACCCAUCUCUGCUCCCAAAAUGAAUGCCAGUUCAGGCCAUGGGUCUUUCCCCACCCUAAACAAAGAGAAGACGGUGUUCACCAUUACCCCAACUCGAGUAGAACUUUUCCCAGGCUGCUCUGUUGACAUGCGGCUGACAGGAACUUCUGACACCCCUAAGGUUGUACAGGAGCGCCUGGUGUGCCGUGGUAUUGUGGGUAACCAGGCCUCUUACGAUCACAUUAUGUCAUUAAAUGUUACCUGUCAUUUUGUGGCUCCUGUGCUUAGUAUUUCCUCCAGGUGCCUGAACUUCUAUAUAGAGAAGGCCCCCGGGAAGAGUCUAACACCCCUAUAUGAGAAGCUUGUCUUGAAGAAUGUGUCAGCUCUUUGUCUGUCUAUGGAGCUCUCACUUGUAGAGCCGUUCUCUCUCUGUGAGGCCCCAAGUGCCCUUAACUCAGCUACCACUAAGUGCAUGGUCUUAGGUGAUGGGAAACAGGCUGAGUUGUGGGUCUGCUUUAAUCCUGCCUGUUGUAAAGACCAGGUGUCAAGGGUUGUUAAUGAGUUGCUUGAGAUACGAUAUCAGGGACACCCUCAGCAAGACAUGGUUGAGUUGCACGCUGAGGUCCAUUUCCCCAACCUCCACUUCUCUUCAACUGCAGUGGAUUUUGGCUGUGUGCUAAACUGCACAGACACUUCAAAGUAUGUCACAAUCACCAACUGCUCUCCGCUGCCUGUGUCCUACAAAUGGACCUUCCUGGAGGACCACAAAGAAUCUUCAGUCAGAGCUGCAGAAAAACAAGAAGAGGAGGAGUGGAAACCCCCGGAAAGUGACACUGAAGAAUUACAGGGUUCCAGCAGAAGACUCUCUAAUGGUUCAGACCCAAUCUGUGUGAAUAAGGUGUUUGACAUCAUGCCAUGGUACGGUCAUCUGCAACCUAAGGGCCAGCAGACGGUCACAUUUGUUUUCUACAGCCAUGAAGACAGCAGCAGAGAGGUUUUAGCUCAGUGCCAUGUAGACAAUGGGCCUACGUACCAAAUCAAACUCAAAGGGGAGUCGUCAGUGAUCCAGUACAGCCUAAACUCCACCUGCAUUGACUUUGGUUUGCAGCUUUUUGACCAUGUCGGAAAAGCUGAGAUGACCAUAACAAAUACUGGCAGAAUGGGCUUCAAUUUUAGCAUCGAGCACCCCAACAGGCAGGCUCAAGAUGCGGAUGAGAAGCCUGGCAGACAUAGGAAAAAAAACACACAGCAUCUGAGUGCAAGGCAGCAAAAAGACGAAGAGCAAAAUGAUGAGAGACAGGAGGUCAGACCUGGCAUGCCCAUAGUCAUUCCCAGCAAGGGUUACAUUGCUGCUGGUAUGGUGCAAAGUCUGCGUGUCCUCUACCUCCCAGGCAUCCCAGAGGUGUUUGAAAAGCAAUUUCAGCUGCAGGUGGCCUUCCUGCCACCACAGGACAUCACUCUGAUUGGAGAGGGAGUAUUUCCCAGGAUCAGACUGAACUUACCGCAAAACAUGUCAGAGGAGUGCUACCGUGAUGUGGUGCAGCAGACCAGAGCAGCAGUGGAUGCAAAUACAGUUAAAGAGGAGCUUUUAAAAGCAUCUUCCACUGGUGGACGAUCAACAUUCGAAGCAAGCACCACAACAACAGUCAGUAGCUUGGCAGAGCAUGUAGAGCGGCUUCACAUGGAGAUCGAGAGAAGCUUGGUCAAAGAGAGUGCUCUUGCUGUGGCUGGUUCACUGCUGGAGCUCAGAGACUCACAAAGUUCCUUCAGAAAGUGGCACAAACUUAGCAAGUCUCUACUGCCAAAGUAUGUUUUAGACUUUGGUUAUGUCAUUCCUGGCAAGAUCCUUAGUCAAACUGUAAAUAUCACCAAUAGUGGAUCAGUGCCUGUGUCCUUCCACGCUAAUUGCAACGCUCUUGCUGGCACAGGUUUCAGUGUAGAAUUUGAAAGAGUGAAGAACCUGCCUCCUGGUGGGACACACAUUUUCACAGUUAAUUUUGAUCCUUGUGGAGCCAAAGCACUGAAAGAGGGCUGUGUUAUCAUGCCAAUAGAGGUGACUGGUGGCCCAAUGGUUCAGGUGCAGCUGUGUGCAGUAGUGACCAUGCCAGCAAUUACUGUUUCCACAGAUGAGCUGCUCUUUGACUCUGUACCUUGUGGCAUGUGUCAGAUGAAAAGAGUACAGCUGUUAAAUCGUGAGUCUGUACCUUGCCAAUGGAGAGCAGCUGAAGAGCUGAAAUCUUUAAAAAAGGUAGACAAGUUCCUGCCUCGAUACCAGCGUAAGAAGCUCCAGCAGGAGCAGCGACCAACUCCAGUUGUGUUUGAAAUGAUUCCUAAUUCUGGCACAUUGUCUCCAGGGGAAACAGUCAACGUUCAGAUAAAUUUCAGACCAACUGAGGGGCAUGUGUACAGCAGGCGGCUCUCAGUCCACGUGGCUGACAGCACUCAGCAGGUGUUCAUUACAGCACGGGGCCAGGGUGAAGAGCCAGAACUCCACUUUAGCCCAUCAGUCCUGGAACUGGGGCCUUGUCUGCCUGCCAGCACCAAAGCAGAAGCAGAGAUCACAGUCAGAAACCCCUGCUCCUUCCCUGUUGAAUUCUAUUCUUUGGAGUUUGACAAACAAUAUCUUGAGGAAGAAAAGAUCCUGCGGCUGAUGAAAGAUUAUGAAGACAACAACCUACUACUGCUGCCUCCUAGAGCUCCUGGAGAAAGUCUUCCCAUAGAACUUCUUGAGUUCUACAAUGAGCACUGCAACCAGCCAAAAGAUGAUGAAGAGGAUGACUUGAGUAAAGAAGAAGCAGACAGAAAAGAGGAUGAUACUCACACUGUGACACCUGCUACAAUAUUCAUUUCAAAAAUGAAUCAAGAAGGAAGCAAAGCGACACUGAGACCACUUGAUAUAACACCAGUCUCUAGAGCACUUGCCCGCCAUAUGUGUGUUGACCUGUCCAAGUGGCUGGCUAAAUCCAGCCGUAGCGGCAUUGCUAUUGUUGUAUAUGGAGCACUGCGCACAGGUAAAAGUAGCACAGCGGCUGCUCUGGCACAACACUACGGGGGACCAUGUGUGAGCGUUGAUGCUGUGGUUACAGAUGCGCUGGCGAAAGAUACCACAAACACCGAACCUGUGGCACAUCUUGACCGCUCAGAUAUACCCCCGGAUUCAGUUUCGGCUGAAUUUGAUGUGGAGCUUUCUGCCAAACCCAGAGAAGAAACCAGCAGCAGACAUAACAGCAAGGCACCUUAUGCAAUUGACAGCACACACAUUGGCCGGGAAGGUGUUGUAACCACAGUCAGCAGUCUCUUACCUGAAGAACUACUGGUUAAUAUCCUUGUGGAAAGAUUUCAGGUAAACGACUCUUGCAUAGUGAUCGAUGGCCUGGAGUCUGCGUACACACAGUCGGUGUCAAAAACCCUCCAGGUUGUUCUAAAGGCCCUCAAUAAUCGCAAACACAUCUAUGUAGUCCACCUGUCCAUGUCCUCUGAAGCCCUAAAGGCACGAGAGAAAGCCCAGAGAGAAGCUGAAGAGGCUCUGCAGAAGGAGAAAGCUGACAGAGAGGAACAGUGGCUGCGGGACCUGGAUGAGGAAGAGUACGAUUCUCUGCCAGAGGAGCAGAAGGAACAUAUCAUCCAGUGCAUUAGGGAGAAACUGCAACAGCACAAACUUAGAAGAGGAUCUAGAGGAAUAGCAAAGCUGAAAGAUAAAAAGAAACAACAGGAGGAAGUGAAGAAACCAAAUGAUGAUGAACUGAAGAGAAAUACUAAGAUUGGUGGAAAAAAUGACACUAAAGAAGUAUCAAGAAGAAAUAAAUGGAGGCAGGCUUCUGCAGAUGUGGUGAAAAGACAUUCGUUGUCUUCCCUUAACGAAUCCAAAGAUUCAGACGAAGCAGGUGCAGGCAGCAGGCUUCAUACUAAUACUGACGAUUCACAGAAACAGACAGACUCCAAUGUAGUCCCAGCUGAGUCUCCUCGACCUGCAGACAAAUCGGAGAGAGAGAAGAAUCAUAUAAUUUUAUAUGAGCAGAUUCAGCAGCAGGUACAGCACAUUUUGCAGCACUGGGACUCCAACCAGGGCUUGUUGCUUGUCCCACUCCCAGGUGAAGAGUCCCUGCCAGUGCCAGAAGAUGCUCCAGCAGACAAACAGAGGGACUCUGCUGGCAGAAGGAACAAGAGAGACCAUUGCAAGAGUGUGUCAGAUGAAGCAGACAAGGAGGAAGAUGAGGGGUCUCCAAAGGACAUUCUCUGUCACAUUGUGGUGAAUGUAACUGGGGAAAAUGUUUCUAGUGCCACAGAACUACUUAAAUGCAGCUCCCUGCCUUCACUGCGCGAGGUUUCAGGUGAUUCGAGACCUAGAAGCCCACCCAAUCCCUCCACUGUCACCUUCUCUUUGGUUCCUUACCCCAAAAACCGGGAAGACUUAUAUGCUCAACUCAGUUGUGACUGUUUCGCCUUCUUGGACCAUUCAGUGCCAGAUGAAUGGUGUGACAAAAAGAAAGAUUUAGAAGAGGAUACGCAAACAUGGGUUGUAAAGGAAGAGGCAGAAACAAUAGCUUCUAAAAGCCGCAAAAAGGGCACCUAUAAGGAGAGUGGUGUAGUAAAGGACAAGGAUAAAAAAGGCAAAGAAUGUCAGAGCAAGAGACGAAUGUCAGCCAAGAAUAAAGCGAAGGCCUCGGAUCAUUCACCUUCACAAACCACCACCACAUUUGACUUUGCUGAGCAAGAGCAAAGCCAAGAAAACCUGGAGCAGAAACGCAAACAGAGCCUGAGUACAUUUCGCUGGGUCGUACCACCCAAAGGCGAGGUGGUUCUGAAGAUCUGGUUCUACUCGGACUCCCCCGGGAAAUUUGAGCAGACGUUCAACUUUGAGUUGCUGGGCACUCAGAGACUCUACCAGCUCGUCUGCAGAGGAAUCUGCACUUAUCCCUCGAUCUGCAGUGACUACAAGACUAUUUUUGCUUUGACCAAGAAGGUGCAAGAAAUAGAAGAAGGGCUCCAGAAGACUUACAUAAUCAAACCUGGGUACUUUGAGUUUGGACCACUAAUUUGUAGCAAGACCAGAGACAGAUACAAGGAAAAUAGGUACCCUGAGAACACAGAGAUGCUGGUAAUCUAUAAUAAUUCAGGCCUGGAUGCUGAGGUGCAGUUCCGUUUUCAACAUGACACCCAGGCCACCACCUAUCUAUUGGACCCACCAGUCAUGUCUCUGAAACCAGAGCAGAAGCAGGAGUUGACGGUUUGGGCCUAUCCAACAAAACCAGGUCAGAUGAAAGACAGCAUACUGUGCUCUAUCAAGGACAAUCCAGAGUUUGUCAUUAUCAACUUCUCCUGCUGGGGUGUUCAGCCAAACCUGGAGUUGGAAAGCAAACAUUUUCACUUUGACAAGACUUUGCUGCACAGACGGGAUACACGUACACUGACACUGCAUAACAAGACGGCUCUGCCUGUAUCGUGGAGAGUGCAGGGUUUGGAGGAAUUGGGCGAUGAGUUCAGCAUGCCUCAAGAUCAUGGAAUCAUAUCGCCAAAGUCCUCUUUCCCACUGAGCUUACACUUUAGGGCCAAGAAAGCACUACAUAUUAAACGGAUCCUGCGCCUGGAGGUGUCUGAUGUGGAAAAGAUUUUAGGCAUUGUGCACACAGAAAACAUACAAGUCACAGCUGAAGCUUAUGAUAUAGCACUGGAUAUCUCUCCAGUGGCAGAUGGCUGUCUGAACUUCGGAACUAUCAGAGUAUUUGAAGAAAAAAAACUUCCUGUUAGGAUGAAAAACCAAGGGAAAUACAAGAUAGCCUACAAGUUUGCGUUUGAGCGGACGGACCCAAGCCAGCCCAAGCUAGAGUCAGUCUUCACCAUCCACCCCCAGUGUGGAAGUCUAAUGCCCCAUGAUAAGCACGAAACACUGCACAUCAUCUGCAGACCUACUACAGAGGUCUUCAUUAAAGAACAACCUAUCCUGCUCUGCCAGGUGGUUGAACCCAGCCUGGGAAAUGGAGGGGAAACCAUAGCCGUCCUAUCGAUCAAGGUGUCGGUUCAGUCUGUCUUCACCAGGUACAAGAUCACACCUGUAUGUGAUAUUAACUUUGGCCCAGUGACUCACGGCAGCAAGAAAAUCCAGAGCUUCACUAUUGAGAACAACGGACUGUUUGAAACAAACUUUACUUUAAGCACAAUUGCAGAACAUGCUCUACAAGGAAAAGCAAGGAUUGGAGUCAAGAAGCCCGGAGAAGAAGAAGCCACAGAGAAGGAUUUAGCCAGGUCCAUCGGUGCCACAGUCAAAAACCGAAUCACAAUGGGGGUCUUCUCAGUGUUUCCCUGCGCAGGGAACCUGCAGCCAGGUUCUCACCAGGUGGUGACUGUGGAAUGCGUUGCAGAACAACUGGGCAACUGGAACCAGGGUUUUCUCAUUGAUAUCAGUCACCGUGACCCCUCGGACCAGCCUGAGGGUAUACCGUACAGACUGCUGGUUGAAGUUUGCAGGCCAGUCAUAGCAUUAAACAUGGCCUCCAUCUUUGAAGAGCACCAUCUGUGCCGCAACAGCAGAGAGCUCUCCUCUGAGCAGUUUCACAGUGCUGAAGGCAUUUAUCUCCUGGAUGAAAGAAGAUUUAUUUUCAACAACGUCUUGGUCGGACAAACUGCUCAGGCUCGCUUCAAACUCACAAACAACAGCAAGGUGCCCUGUGAGCUGAACCUGGCCAUCAAAUAUGGCGAUACCAAGGCGCCUCGCAAUGUAGAGGUGUUUAACUUGCCUGCUAAAACACUGAGCAUUCCCAGCCAGUCCCACUCCUACGCUGUGGUCACUUUUAUGCCACAAAAAAUGCAGCUGUACAGUGCAGUGUUUGAGGCCACACUGGAAGGAACAAUCAGAAUGUCACCAACAUUUAGGAGUAAGGUGCUUGACUUUGAACUAUUGGGAGAGGGCAACAUGCCCAGUGUGUGUGUGGUGCGUCCAGCUCUGAGAGAUAACAAAGGAUGCCCAGUGUUACAGUUCAGACGGGCAUUGACAGGCCGAAGACAAACCCUGCCUCUGGUGCUUCUAAAUAAUGGCACCGUUCCAGCUCAGGUACAAAUCGACAUGCUGGAUGAACAUGGUGUGUUCACACUUAGUGCUGGUCCGGGCAACACUUGCAGCUCCAUCUUCUCCAAACAUCUUAAGGGCACCACUGACUCGAAUCAUCAGUUGGUGCACGGAGCCAUCCUGAGGUUAAAUAUUAAUGAACAGAUGGAGUUUGAGGUCAGCUUUUGCUCUGGCAAACCCCAGGAUGUCACAGCUACAAUGUCACUGCAGGUUCAGGACAACCUGUACAACAAUACCAUAAUACAAGUGACUGGAAAAGCUUACCAAGCAAUCGUGUCUCUUGACAACAUCAGCAGACCAUCACACGAAACUGAGGAAUAUGGUAAUUUUGAAGUGCUGGAUUUUGGUGACUGCCAUGUAAAUUGCCCUUACCAAGAGAGUUUCACCAUGGUCAAUCACAGCAGUAGCCAGGCGGUGAGAUUUGAAUGGCCUAUUGCAGGACCCCAUAUCUGCUUUUCACCACAGGUUGGCCACCUUCAUGCUGGUUGUUCUAAGGUGGUGACUGUCACCUUUAACUCCAACCAGCCAAUUACCCUGAACCGCCAACCAAUGAAAUGUAAAGUUAUCCAGGUGGAGUUCCAGGAGCCAUUAGAAGAAGUGUGUGAUUGGGAUGACCGGCAGCAGACAGUGCAGUGGCUGAGUGCCUCACAAAAGGCUUUAGUAACACCACCACUACACGGGGGGAGCAGGGUGAUAAAGACAGACCCUGAGCCCUGCUGCUCUGUGAUUCAUGGGUCACAAUUGGAGUUGGAAUUGGAUGUCAGUGCAGUUUGUGAUUAUGUAAGGUUCAGUUGUGACACAGACACUAUUCAGUUCAAAGACACCACGCUAUGCCAAACCCAGCUUCAGCAGCUACAGUUGGUGAAUCUGGGUUGUGUCAAACUGGAAUUUUCCUGGCAAGUUCUCAUUGAUGCCAGCAGCAAUAUUGUCAACAAUGAUCAGAAAGAGACCUCUCAGCCUGGCAGCCACUCAGCAGCAGCAGCACCAACCGCCACCUAUCCUUCCAGUGCCAUGGCCAGUUUGAUGUCACUUCUGAUGCGGAACCCUGAGCUACCACCCUUCAGAGUCGAGCCCAGCGUAGGGACCAUAAUGCCAGGUUCCAUACAGGAGUUCAUCGUUCACUUUUCUCCACUAAAGGUGGCCCAGUUUCAGGGCAGGUUGUUGUGCAGUAUCCCUAAUCUGCAGGAAGGGGAUCAGGCUCCCAGUAUUUCAGUGUGUGGCCAUAGCCUCCUACCCUACUGCCAUUUUGACCUUGAAGAAUCAGACUACAUUAGUGGCAACCGCCGCAAUCCUGAAUUCAGGGCUUCUCUUGACCCACAAACCCGAGUCAUAGAGUUUAAUGCAGUUGGCCUCUCCACACCAAUAACAAGAUGUUUCAGUGUGGUAAACCCAACAAACACACCCUAUUCAUUCAAGUGGAAAUGUGAAGACCAAGGCAGUGUCUCAUUCCACUGUCUAACCCAGAGUGGGGCUAUUCUGCCUGGGAAGAAGGUGGAGAUGUAUUUUAAAUAUGUAGCUGAGCAGCUGGAGUCGGUGGAGUCAUCCUGGAGCUUUGUGAUUGAGACGCUGUCGCUGUCUUUUCCAUUCCUGUUUGUGGGCUGCGCCAGAGAACCACAUGUCUAUCUCAGCAGACCUCACCUUCUCUUGGGAGAAAUACUUGUUGGCUGCAGAGUUGAGCAGACGCUUGAUCUGGUGAAUGGAGAGUCUGAGCCUGUCUACUUCUCAGUCUUGCAGUCAUCUCUUCUUUGUGAAGACCAGCAGUCCAAUAUCAUUUUGCAACCUAUGGCUGGCAAUGUUGCACCUAAAGACAGGUUGCCCCUGUCAGUGUCCUUCACACCUUGCCGGGAGGGUUCUGUGAGUUUCAGGUUGGUUCUGCGGGUAAAGAAGAAGUCAGCGCCACUUACCCUCACUGUUAAGGCAGACUGUUUUACCAUGAACGCAUUGGUUCAAGUUGAGAACCCUAAUGGGGGCUUCAGAGAGCUCAACCCCAACCACCAAGACACUCUGGACUUUGGAAAUGAGCAGUCCACCUUUAACUUCCUGGUGUCCAACUUGGCAAGAUUCAACAUGGAAGUGACGUUUGAAGUGUCAGGUUCCAGUGAGCUGCUCCAACACUUGGAGGCAAAACCCCAGAAUGCUGUUAUUGAGGUUGGAAAGCAGCUGAAGUCGUCGCUCUUCUUCCAUCCACAGAACACCUGUAACCUUCAGAACGUUAAGCUGAGCAUUAAGGUAAAGCAUGGGUCAACGUUCAAUGUUGGCAUUAAAGGCAGGGCGGUCACCCCUAGGCUUGAGUUCUCCUUCACUAAGUUCAACUUUGGCAAGAACUUCCUGUACAGUCCGGGCAUGGUGCCGGCCUGCCAGACACUAGUGAUCAGCAACAAGGGCAAACGGGACAUCAGUAUCCAGAGCCAGUUCAGUAACACCUCUUGCCUGGAGAUGAACUUCCAUCCACAUAUUUUGUCCCCUGGUGCUGUGAUAGAUGUGCCCUUAACCUUCUCUCCACGAGAGGCAGGUCACUACCAUGAAAAACUUCCCUUCAUCCUAAACAGCUGCGUCACCAAAUAUGUGGACAUACUGGGGCAAGGCAUUGAGAUGAAGCUGGAAGUACAGGAUCCCAAGCAGAAGAAGGUGAAACUUGGAUCUGUGAUGUUGGGUCAAAAAAUUAAAAAACAGAUUGUGGUGGUCAACCGCAGUCUUUUGGACCUCUCUUUUAGCCUGGUGCUCAGCACAAACACACCACUAGAUCCAAAGGAUCUGACAAUCAGUCCUUUGGGUGAGCUGAGCCUGAACGCUAGUGGCGGUUCUUGUAAAGUUGAGAUCCAAUUCUCACCUCGUCAGCACAUAGCUCCCUUCACGGCUGAGCUGCAGGCACAGUUUGCAGGUCUCUUCCACCCCCUGCUGACGAUCCAAGGCUGCUGCCAGGAUGUGGAGGUGAAGCUGGACCAGGACUACUUAGCCUUUGGAGCCGUAGUUCAACGCUGCCAGGCCAGGAAAAGGAUUUUUAUGAGGAACACAGGAGACCGUGGUGCCAGAUUCAAAUGGGAAAUGGCACAGUUUCCUCCAGAUUUGUCUGUCUCACCUGCUGAAGGUUACAUCUGUCCCGGCAUGGAGGUUCCAUUUGACGUGACCUUUGCCCCUGAGCAACUUAGUAAUGACAUAAGACAUGAGAACCUGCCGUGCUUGAUAGAAGGCUCCUCUUCACCUGCCGUGCUCACUGUGACAGGCUCCUGCAUUGUGGCGUCCACCAGCAAAGAGGUGGUGAACUUCAUAUGCCCAGUACGUGGCUCACACACGCAGAAUUUGUUGGUGUCUAAUCCCACAAACCAAGGGUGCAGCAUCAGACCUGUCAUUGAGGGUGACCAGUGGAGCGCUCUGCCCUCCAUGACUUUUGAACCCCUCCAGAACAAAACAUAUGAGCUCACUUACAGACCACUGACCAUGACUACCAAUGGAAACAAGCACCUGGGAUCUGCCUUUUUCUCGUUCCCUGAUGGGACAGCCUUGCUGUACUCCCUGCAGGGAACUGCUGAUGCUCCCAAAGCAGAAAACACCAUUGUGCAUGAACUGCCUGCUAAGACUCAACACACAGAGCAGCUCCUUGUUCACAACUGGCUCACUAAGCAGCAGCGGUUCCAUGUGCUGAUGGAGAUCCUGAAGCCUGAUAAACCAGAUGCUACUGUGUCCCUCAGGGGUCUAGAGUAUAUUGAUGUUCCUGCUCUAGCCAAUAGAGACUACAACGUCUCCUUCUUUACAUACAGAGAGGGACAGUACAACACCAAGGUGACAUUUCAUAAUGAGGUGACAGGCGAGUACUUGUUCUACAACAUUAUAUUUAAGGCCCUAUCACCAGGGGUUCUCUCCACCAUUGAACUGGUGGCCACGGUCCGUCGGACAGUCUCGGCCACUAUAGAGGUGGAGAACCCCCUGACCACAGCCACCUGCCUGUCUGUGGAGUGUAAAUGUGCUGACAUCAGUGCCCCACCUCGGCACACAGUGCCCGGACAGUCCAAGGGUUCUCUGAGCUUCGAGUACCAGCCUCAGCGUGCCGGAAAGUCCACAGCCCGUCUGACUCUAUCUAGUAACGAACUGGGCUACUUCCAUUACGAUCUUCUUCUCAAAGCUCUGCGUCCGCCUCCAGAGAAAACAGUGCACUUUAGCGCUUCACUGGGCAGCAGCCACUCUGUUCUUGUGAAGUUCAUCAACUACUCCCGCUCCACAACGGAAUACUUUUGUAAGACUGAUUGCCCAGACUUCACUGUGGAGAAGAGCAUCACGGUUCAGCCAGGGUUCCAAGCAGGGUCAGAGGUCAGCGUUGAGGUUUGUUUUGAGCCUCAUCAGCUGGGAGAAGUUAGAGAUCUGCUCAGUCUGUCUUCAGUAGCUGGUGGCGAAUACAUCUUCCCCCUGCAUGGGACCUGCCUCCCUCCAAAGGCCCAGGGCCCAUUUAGUGUCAAGGCCGGCCGCAGUGUCACUAUUCCCUUCAAGAACGUGUUCCUGCAGACUACUGCUUUUUCUUUUCAGCUGGACAAUCCCUGCUUCACAGUCAAAGGGGUGGAAACGGUUCCCUCCAAAAAGACCCAGAACAUCACGGUUUCCUUUGAUGCACCAGCAGGGGGUCCUCCAGGGCCAUGGGUUUCCAGGCUAACCAUCUCCACCCAACGCUGUGAGGGCCAAUCCAAGCCCUGCUCAUGGGUGUAUUACCUAAAAGGCUACCAGAUGGAGGCACUUUAGCAAGAGAUGGGCCUACAAACAAAAGGACAGACCACGUAGCACAAAUACACAACUGUUAAUUUUUUCAGAUUGAAUUUUUAUGUUUGUGUAAUGUUUUCUCCUUUUAACUCAAUAAAUCCUGCAGGGAGAGACAAA